UUCCUCCUCUCCUUCGCCGAGCGGAGCGUCUCUGACUGGGAACAGGAAAACUUUGAAGGGGUGAGAGGAGAGACGUCAAAAACGCCGACAAAUCACAGCCGACAGCGCGCACCAUCCAAGAAGAGGGACGUAAAGAAAACUAUCAAGUCCGAGGGAAGCGGUGGAGCCGGGAGAAAGAGGGAGCUAUGCCAUCUCCCGCCGAGCGGAGCCCAGUCCUCCUGUGUUGUGUGUCGGAGCUACAGCAUGGUGUCUCUUUCUGGACUCGGGACCUACUGCCUCGCCCCGGGGAGGACUCGUCUCCUUCUCCUGUCAGCCAGACCUCUCCUGCUGCUUCUCCUAUUAGCCGCGCUCUGCUCCCCGGAGUCCUGUUUCCCUCACCCGCAGCCGUGCCACAUCCUCGCCCGGAUCGGACACACCGUGCGCCUCGGCGCGCUCCUGCCGACCCGCCAGCCGGCUCGGAUACAAAACGCUCUCAACCGCGCCCUGGCGAGCCUCCGGCACCAGAGCGGAGGCUCGGACUCGACCACGACCUCCCAGCCGACUCCUCUGCUGCCCUACAACCUGACCCUGGAGAUGGUGGCGCGGUCUCCCGCCGGAGGAGACCCGGAGUCGCUGUCCCGUAGUGCGUGCCAGGACCUGGUGGUCCGGGGUGUUUCUGCCGUGCUCGCCUUCCCUCGGUCAAGGGAGGAGCUGAUCCAGGUGGAGUUCCUGUCCUCUUUCCUGGAGAUCCCCUUCGUCUCCAUCCUGGAGGACACAGAGCCCCUUGUGACUAAGAACCGAUUUCACCUGCAGAUGUCUGCCCGAGUGCCUCCAUCGACCCUGGGCAGCUUGCUGUUAGCCGUCCUCCAAGGCGGCGGCGGCGAGGGAGAGAGGGAGCGAGGCGGCCGCGGGGAAGGCAGUUGGGGAGGAGCAGCUGUGAUCUGCCCCGGGUGGGACGAGGGCGGUGACGGAUUGCUGACUCACCUGCAGAGGCACAGCGGCUCCACCUGGCAUUUGUGGGAUAUCAUCAACCUCACCCGCAUCACGGGGAGCCGGGACCGGCGGGGGGAGGCCAGCGAGGAGAGGAGGGAGGAUCAGAUGGAAGAGGAGGCUUUGAAGAUCAUCUCCACUCAUUUCCUGCGCUCCUCCUCUCCCAUCUCCUCUGUUCUCCUCCUGGGAUCCGAUCCGGAGUGUCUCUCAUCCGUCCUGCGGGCUGCUCAGCGCCUCGCCUCAUCACUACCAGCGCUGCAGUGGAUCAUGGGAUACCCCUUGUCUCCAGAUUCGUUACACACUCUGGGAGGACCCCUUGGGCUGUUAGCCUACGGGGAGGUUGGACGCAAGCCAAUAAGCUUCUACAUACGGGAUGCUUUGCAGCUGAUUGGCCGAGCCGUCUCUGCGGCGACGCUGGUGAGGCCAGACCUGGCGUUGAUUCAAAACAUGGUGAAUUGUUAUGACAAGCCAAACCUACACGAACUGCCUUCUUCUGGACAAUAUAUUGCCAGAUUUCUCUCCAACACGUCCUUCACGGGGGCCACAGGCUUGAUCCAGGUGGAUUCCGGUGUCUCCCGGAUCCUCUCCUCCCAGCUCUUCCACGUGUGGAGCCUCAAGAGGGGCGCUCUGGGACAGCCGGCCUGGGUCACGGUCGGCCAGUGGACGAGGGGCCGGCUGGAGCUGGAGGGGGGCAUCCUGGGACUGAUGGGAGGACUCGGCAACAACCCGGGACAAGGCCUUGGCGCUGGGGUGAGAGGGGGAGACGGCUCGGGGGACAGCAACAGCGGAGGUCGGUGGCGGCCGGGACUUCCCGUUGAGGGACACCGCCUGAGGGUGGUGACUCUGGUGGAGCACCCAUUCGUUUUCACGCGGGAGGUGGACGACGACGGGCUGUGUCCGGCCGGUCAGCUCUGCCUCGACCCCAAAACCAACCGUUCAGACAUUGUCAACGGGCUCUUCAACCAGCUUCACAACCCCAACUCCACAACAAUGGACUGGGAAGGAAUCGAUCCACCAGAGGACCUGAGGAAGUGCUGCUAUGGCUACUGCAUCGACUUGCUGGAGAAGCUGGCCGAGGACAUGGGCUUCACCUUUGAUCUCUACAUCGUGGGUGACGGGAAGUACGGCGCUCUGAGCGGGACGGGGCGCUGGACGGGCCUGGUGGGGGAUCUACUGAGCGGAACCGCCGACAUGGCCGUCACCUCGUUCUCCAUCAACUCCGCCCGGAGCAGAGUCAUCGAUUUCACGUCGCCCUUCUACUCUACCAGCUUGGGCAUUCUGGUACGGAGCCGGGACACCGCGGCUCCCAUCGGAGCGUUCAUGUGGCCUCUGCACUGGUCCAUGUGGGUGGGCAUUUUCGUCACGCUGCACCUCACGGCGCUCUUCCUCACUCUGUAUGAGUGGAACAGCCCCUUCGGCAUGACUCCCCACGGCAGGAACAGGCUGCGCGUCUUCUCGUACUCGUCCGCCCUCAAUCUUUGCUACGCCAUCCUGUUUGGACGCACUGUCGCCACCAAGACCCCUAAAUGCUGGACGGGCCGCUUCCUGAUGAACCUUUGGGCCAUCUUCUGCUUGCUGGUGCUGUCCAGCUACACGGCCAACCUGGCUGCCGUCAUGGUCGGGGAGAAGACCUUCGAGCAGGUUUCGGGAAUUCAUGACGAGAAGCUGCAUCAUCCCUCCCUGGGCUUCCGCUUUGGCACCGUGAGAGAGAGCAGCGCCGAGGACUACAUGAAGAAGAGCUUCCCAGAGAUGCACGACUACAUGAGGCGCUUCAACCAGCCCACCACCCCGGAAGGUGUUCACAUGCUGAAGACAGAUCCUCCUACGCUGGAUGCAUUCAUCAUGGAUAAAGCUCUGCUGGACUUUGAGGUCUCCAUCGACGCAGACUGCAAACUGCUCACCGUGGGAAAGCCUUUCGCCAUUGAAGGCUACGGCAUCGGCCUUCCCCAGGGCUCGCCUCUCACCCGCAACGUGUCCGAAUUUGUGAGUCGCUACAAGUCGGACGGAUUCAUGGACAUGCUACAUGACAAAUGGUAUAAAGUGGUGCCCUGUGGGAAAAGAGUCUUUGCAGUCACUGAAACUCUCCAGAUGGGGAUCCAGCAUUUCUCGGGCCUGUUUGUGCUGCUGUGCAUGGGGGUGGGCGGAGCUUUGCUGACCUUGGCAGGUGAACACACCUUCUAUCACCUGGUGAUCCCUCGCCUCCGGCGCACGCACACACUCCAGUACUGGCUGCACACCAGCCAGAAAAUCCACAGAGCGCUCCACACCACAUAUGAGGACGUCGGGAAGGAGCUGACCGGCCUCGAUCAAAACCCCUCCUCCUGUAUCUCAGAGAACUGCACUCUCCACAGGAAGCAGCAUCAGGCUCCCCCGCCGUCUCCUCCGACGUCCCUCCCCGCUUCCACCACCGCCGGGGACACCAGGAGCUCCUCGCCAUCCCAGGAGCCCAAGGAGAAGCGCGUGCACUUCGACCUGGAAACGCUGCACAGCUACCGCCUGCGCACGCACACCGCCUCGGUGCGCGGCCGGCCGGGGAUGGUGGGCCGUCCCGGGCUCGGCCUCGGGGGUCUGGGCCUGGCCAACCUGGGGGGUUUCAGCUCCCCUCCGCAGAUCAGCCUCCACGCCAACGGCGGCCCGGUGUCCACCCUGGCCUCCACGGGCCUGGUGCUGUCGCCGCUGGGGAACCGGGCCGCCCAGACCAGCCUGUGGGAGGGGGAGCUCCAGGAGCUGCAGGGGAAGAUCGAGACCUUCCGCACGCAGCUGAGGGAGGCUCUGGCCAGGAGGGCCGAGAUCCAGACCAGCCUGGAGCGAGAGAGGAGCGGCCUCGGUCGCCGGGACACCAGCCUGGAGAGGGAGAGGGACAGACAGAGGAUACAAACUAUUAACACGGACAGGAGCAGCUCCGCUCAGCCCAAACUCCCCGAGAGAGACCGGACGAGCCAGCUGCAGACCCUGAACAACCAGCAGGCGGGGCGGGCCGGCCAGCCGAGCGGACCCGGGGCCGCGGACCCCGGGAGGAGCAGCCAAUUAAACACAGUUAACAGCCUGGACAGAGGGAGAGGCGGCCAGCUACGCCCCAUUAACACUUUGACGGGGGAAAGAACCGUCCAGUCGCGCGCUUCCGCCAGUUUGGAGCGAAGUCGAGUCGCCCCCCCGCAGGGCGCCGGGAGCGCGGCCGCGCAGUCCAGGAACACUUCCAGCCUGGACAGACAGAAAGUCAACCUAACGCGCGCGCUCAACGCCUUGGAGAGGACAAAAGCCAACCAAUCGGGCGCGAGCAGCGGGACUUGAGCGGCUCUCCGGAACUCGCGUAGCCGCGGGAAGAUGGCUUUGUUAUUAUGGGUUACCUUUGCUGAGAAAUUACCGUAUAUGUUUACUCACAUUAUUACUUACUGCAACCUAAUAUUUUCAUAUGUUUUCAACACUCACUUAAAAUGACAUCUAAAAAAAAACAAAACAACAAUUUAACCGCAACUGACGUGCUGGUGAACUGUCUGUCAUUCAUGCAAAUCAUAAAUAAGCAAUGUAAUAUUUAAGUGAAAAGCUAAAAAUCAUUCCAACAACAUCUCAACAUACCAGUAAACAGAAAUUCAAUGUGGACGCAAAUAUCAAACACCGACAAUAGAAAUCACAAGGAACAAUGGAAAAACAGGCCUGUGAGUCUGGAUAAAAGGGCCUCUAAGCACAUAUGGACAUCAGGGACAAGAGCACAGAAAACUGCAAACAGAAUUAAACGAGACAUGAAAGCUGCGAGUGUAUUUCAAGCGAUUCUGGUAAUAAUUUCCCAAAAAUGUGAAUCAUGAAGAAACAAAUAAUCAUUUACGCAGAGCUCCGCAAUCCACUUAUCCUGUAUACUCAUGAAAUUGCAAAAAGCUUUAUGUGUCUUGACACUGUGUAUCCUUGUAUACGUUUUUGUGCAAAUGUUUUCCCAUCGUUUUGCCACCAACACAUGAUUGGGAUCUUUCUAAUGCCAAAUUUGAGCCUUUGUCAUCGUAGCACAGAUUUUGAAACGCUAAAUAUAUAUACAGGACCUAAACAUUGACUUAAGCUGAUUUUGGGAAUCGUGCCCUUCAGACUUCUUUUUCCAUAACCCCUGCGUUACGGUCUAUUCUAAAAAAACACAAGAAGAAGGAGAAAAAACUACCAUGCCACUCCUUUUAAAAUCUGCAAUAAGAAACUAACUUUACACAAAGGGACUGCGCCUUGAAAAUAGCUCUAUCGUGUCUUCUGCAGUGCGGAAGAAAGCUUUAAGUCUGAGAAAUGAUUGCUCUUAUUACGAUACAUCAUGAGGCUGUAGCUUCAGAGCUUAUCUUGCAUCAGAAAAACCCAGGCUGUAAAGACCAAGGAAAAUCUAGUCGCAGAAUGCCGUGGGGAAAUGUUUGACCCAGGGUUUUUCUAUUUCAACAAAGGCCAGAUAUAAUAGUGUGGCUAUCUCAGCCUCCCUUGAUUUGAGCUUGCACAAUCUUUUUUCUUAUUAUUUCUUUUGUGGCUCUUCUAACUUUAUUGAAUUGCAAUACUAAAUCAUCGCAGAGUCACUUUAAUUAAAAAUCACUCUUCUUUCCUGUGUGGGACAUUCAUUUUGAAUGAAUCUGUCAGAGAUAUCCAUCACUGAAAGAGUGUUGACUCUGGAAAGAAAUGCUGUGUAUCGAUCAGGAGGAUUACUGUUAACUCCUUCCCUGCAGACCUGAGCUCCUAGUGAGACUUUACCUUGAGGGUUUGUUUACCAUACUGUUUUAUGAAAUAGCCCGAAUUUAUUCAUAUCAAUUAUUUCAGAUGUUGAAAACAGGAAGUUCUUUAACUGUUUUGGAUUUUCAGUCAGUUACUUGGUUGACCACUAGAUGGAGCUGCUUCCCUGCUUCCCGCGGCUAUGGACACUGAAGGUGCUUGUGGACUUUUGUUGUAGAAAAUGAUUAUUUCCCAAGAAGUAACAAUAGCAUUUUGCUCCUGUUAUUCUGACGUGGAUGUAGACAGUCUGGGAGAAGGAAAAAAGAACAGAUUUUAUGAAGUCACCCCAUACAAUGCAGUGCUAUACAGAACAAUGUCACCUAAUUCCAAGUGAGAUGAGUCUCAGUAACUCAAACAGAUCCCAGACACUCAUCAUAGAAACCCAACUCAAGGCUUUUAUGACAGUAAAACUGUACAUUUAAACGUUUGCAACGUUGCUGUGGUGUGACGUGGUUGUGUUCACAUGCCAUGGUGUCUACAGAGAAAAAUAUUUUAGAUCUCUAUUGAGAAAGAGCGUCUGGUACUGGAUAUUUAAAGAGAUACUUUUAAAAUCUACCCCUCAUGAAGGUUAUAUCAGAAAACUAUUGAAUUUUAUCAUAAAUGGUCAUUCUCAUGUUUUGAAAUAAACAUUUAUAUACUUAUCUUUUUGCU